AUCAAGCCUUGUUGCUGAGCAGGAUGAUUGACGUCCGAGCAUGGGCAGAGUACGUGGUGGAGUGGGCUGCCAAAGACCCCUACGGCUUCCUCACCACUGUCAUACUGGCUCUUACCCCUCUCUUCAUCGCCAGCGCACUGCUGUCCUGGAAACUGGCCAAGAUGAUUGAAGCACGUGAUCGUGAGCAGAAGAAAAAACAAAAACGUCAGGAAAACAUCGCCAAGGCCAAGAGGACCAAGAAAGACUGAGUCUGCGAGGAGCUUGGAUGAGGGCGUUUGAACCUUUUAAAUAAUAUAUAGGAUGAGCAACCAUCGUGCUCACGGCCCUCCUCAUUCCAAAUACAGACACUGUGUCCCUCCUUGUCCCAGCCCCAAUGCCAACACAGGGCCACUGUUCCUCAUGUGCAGGGUAGAGGGGGAGGGAUGCUGCUCCCUCGGACUGCACAGUGCUGAGAUGGACAGUACUGCCCGCAGGAGGCUCGUCCCAGUGGGACUACGGUCAGCAAGAGCACCGUGGUAGUCUGUGUGAUGUUUUUUAUACAGAAAUCUGCUGUCAUAUUGUGCAGCUGUUGCAACACCUUGCAUUCCAUCAUGAGCAUCCCUGAUCUGCUGAAUUGACGAUGUGGGGAGAGUAGUGGAAACUUUUGCAACCAAAAUUACUACUUUCUUAUCAAUAAAGUUUUCAUGGUUGAUAAGAAAACCAGUUUUUCAUGUAUUUAAUCACAGUACGUCUUAUUUAAUGUACACAAAGUAUUUGCACCGUAACAUUCAUCCUUAGAGUAUUUAACUUACUUUUCUAUAGAUAUCUCCAGUUUGAUCCCAAUUGAAUUGAGUGAACUGAGGUCAAUAGUACAUCUGCAAAAACCCACUUUUUUUUAAAAUUGACAUCCACACAAGUCACAGGGAUGAAAAAAAUAGAAGAUAAAGGUGAAUCACAGAGCAAACAAGUAUUAAAGUUGGGAAAGACCAAGUGAGUGACAAAGAUGUCUGUUACGUUGUGAAGGGAUUAGAUAAUCAGACUUAAUUUUCAUUCAUAUUGAAGGUUUCAUAUAUUGGAUUAAUUUGUAUGAAGACAUUUCCAUUUUAUGUUCUGUAUUCAUUAAUACAAAAAUAAGUAACCUUCACUGUGACUGUCUCAUAACAUUCUGCUGUCCACAGGGAUGGAUGGUAGACUCAUAAAUGCUUGAGGACCUGUAAAUAAACAGGUAAUAUUAAUCAUUCUGAAUGAAGACGGGAGGAAAAAAGGUUCAGCAAAUUUAAUGAUUCCUUUUUCCGAUAACAUUUUUGAUUCUUCCAUUGCUUCAAAGAUCCCUCGAGAGAUUUUAGAAACGUGAGUAGAAGAACCGUGUUGUCAAUGGCAACAUAAAAGUUUAAUUUUUCUUUUUUUUUAGCAAGUAUUUGGCCUAUUGAACUUCCCUUAGCAAACCUAGCCAAUGUAAAAGCUGUACAUUGGCUAGGUUUGCUGUGGGAAGUUCAUUCGACAUGGUGGAAAAAAGUGUUGAUUAGGUGUAAACCCACUAAAACCAGCAACGAGAUGGCAUCAGCAUGUCAAGGACAACUUCAAGUUUAGUCCGAAGAACCUCAAGUACAUUCAAUAAGUAUUCAGAAAUGUUCAUGUUUUACAAACUCCUUUUUCGCAAAAUGUAGAACCCCAAAUUUCUUUAAAAAAUUCUGCAUAAGUAUCACUUCAUGCAAAUGUGAUUUUAGCUCACUCUAAGCUAACUGGCAUUGCAUUAAUACAGGCCUUGCUGUCAUUUUCUGUUUACUUAUGGGUCUCAGCCUAAUGUUCUACCCCCCUGUGGACAAAUUCGGAACAGUUAUCACUGUCAUUUACUUUUCCUUUUAUGAUUCUGACACAAUGCAAUGUCAUCCUGCAGGCCGAAGUCAGCCUACAGGCCGUAUGUUUGACACCGCUGAUCUCUAUUCCUAACCACUGGCUUUGAAGAAAUCUCUAUAAUAAAGAGCAACAGAACUUUAAUCACAAUUUAUUAUAUUUCAUAAACAUUUUUGCCAUCCUGACACAUGCUGUUGCACUCAGUGAUGUAACCAUUCACAUUUUCAUUUUUCUUUAUGCACACACACACAAAAUUCAGGUGACUGAAAACUGCUGUCUGCCUUAAGAUGAGUAAAUGAUAUUGUCCUGUAUGUGUAUGACACAGACAUAGAA